AUGGCUGGUGAUGAAGAAGUCGCGCGGGUCAAGCGGUUGAAACGUAGUUGUGAAGUCAAACGCAAGAGUUACGUCAAUAAAAUACGUGCAGUCCAUAGUGUGGCCGUUCGGAGUGCGGAGGACACGUCUGUGGUACCCCAGCUAUUGGUAAUGGUUGAAUCCCUCGAUCACUUGUUGUCGUCCUUUACCAUCGAAGAUGAAGCAUUGUUGAAUUAUUUGUUGGAUUUAGAGCUUGACAAUGAAUAUCCCGACACGGAGGGCGUCGAGAUGUUCGAAUUGGUCUCGUUUUCAAAAGCAACCGCCCAUCGUUUUAUGCAAUACUGCCCCGACCAAAUAACAACGUCUACACACGGCGGUUCACAGGUAUCAUUAAACGAUGUCGGCCAGAAUGUCCAAAAGUCAGACGAACAAGUGAUUACCGACAAUGUUGCCAUAGAUGUGAGCCCAGGUGCCGUCCAAUCAACUAAAGCAGGUUCUGUGAGGUCUAGUGGUGGUCAAGUCAUCAAACCUACCCGCUUACCUGAGAUACCACUGCCCACGUUCGAGGGCGACAUUUAUGAGUGGGUUACAUUUCGUGAUCGAUUCACAACAUCGGUGGACAAUCGAACAUAUUUAUCCGAUAUCGAUAAGUUCUACUACUUGGUUGGGUGUUGCAAGGGGGCUGCUCGAGAUGCUAUUCGAGGCAUUCCGGUAUCAGACCACAAUUACAGGCUGGCGUGGUCCACUCUCGAGGAAAGAUUUGACAAACCCCGUCUGGUGGCACGCUCACUAAUCGAGAAACUGUUAAACGCACCACGAGCUCCUUCAGAAAAUUUAGUUGAGUUAAACAAAUUGUUAGUGGUAUUCGAUGAAGGCGUAUCGUUGCUCGAGUCCCUGCAUCUACCAGAUUUAGGCGAUUUUAUAUUAUUCUCCAUAGCCGCUCGAUGCUUGCCUACCUAUAGCAUCAAGUUAUUCGAAGCCCAACUAGCCAACGGGUUUCCUACGGUACAAGAGUUGUUGAAGUUUGUAAAAUCUCGUGUGGCCAUAUUAGAAUGCAUUCCACCAGAGCCUACAUCAAAACAAUCAAACUCUCACAAAUCUACUAAGACUGCAUCUCAUAAUGCGAGGAAGCCGCCACUGCAUACCUCUAUGGUUACAAGCAGCAACCCGUCAAAGGUAUCACCGUCUUGCAAAUGUUGCACGGGUACUCAUGGUCUAACGUCAUGCCCAAAGUUCAAGGGUUGGACGCAAGAAAAUCGUAACAAUUGGGCGCGAGUCAAUAAGAUUUGUUUUCGAUGCCUACGUACAGGACACUGGGUGACCAAGUGCAAGUCUUCAAAUGUAUGCGGUCAAUGCUCCCGAAGGCAUCACUCGCUUCUGCAUUCAGCUGGAUUUGCUGCUCCGUCCAAAGAAGAGAAUUCAUCGGAUGAGGGGCAACCAGACGUUGCCACCACAUCGUCAUGUCUUGGCCAAAAUACUUCACCGUCGGUCAUUCUCGGUACAGCUCUCAUACACAUGUCUGACAACGUUGGCGUGUUGCAUACGGUCCGGGCGCUCAUUGAUUCAGCCUCACAAAUUAGUGCUAUUACUUCGGAGUGCACGAAUCGUUUGGGACUCCGGAUGCAAAAGUGGACAUUACCUGUAUCCGGUAUCGGCGGUGUUCAGGUACAAAACGUUUUGGGGUUAGUGCGCUGUCAAGUACAACCAAGAUUUUCACCAGAUCCCGUCUUCAAUUUUGAUGCGUGGGUGUUUCCGACGAUUACGGCUGAUAUGCCACGACAACCGCUAUCCCGUUCGAUAGCAGAUAAAUAUCAGCAUCUUGCCCUAGCGGAUCCCUCAUUUAUUAACCCUGGUACCAUCGAUGUUUUAUUAGGCGCAGACCUGUUUACCCAAAUUCUAAAUGGAAGACGUGUGUCUGUAGGCGAUGCUUUUCCGACAGCAUUCGGAACGGUAUUUGGAUGGACGAUCAUCGGGCCGGUUUCAAAUUCAACUUCCAAUAUUUCUGUGUCUUGCCAUACAUCACUUACUACUUCUGUCGAAACGCUGCUAGAGAAGUUCUGGGCGCUCGAAGAACCCGACGCGGCACCAGAACAGUUUACGCAGGAGGGGCAGUGUGAAGCAAUAUUUCGUGAUGGCUGUACCCGCGAUAAUUCUGGUCGCUUUUGUGUACCGCUCUUGUUCCGCCAAGCAAUUUCUGUUGACACUUUCCGUGGCUCACGCGCCGUAGCUGAGAAGCGCUUCGAGCACUUGGAGAAGAAAUUAGCCACUAACCCUCGUCUCCGAAGUUUAUAUUGUGAUUUCAUGUCUGAGUAUUUGACGUUGGGACACAUGUCUCCAGCCAAGUCCAAUGGGGAUUACUACAUCCCACACCAUGCCGUCUAUCGCCCUACCGAUAAAGACCCGAAAAUACGAGUAGUGUUCGAUGCUUCCGCGACAUCGUAUUCCGGCGUUUCUUUGAAUGAUUGCUUGCUUCCGGGACCGAAGUUACAGCGCGAUGUUGUGGACGUCCUAUUAUUGUAUCGGGUUCACCGAUUUGCCUUCACAACUGAUAUAAGCAAGAUGUACCGUCAGGUAUCUGUAUCUCCGUCGCAUCGACGGUACCAACAUAUUUUGUGGAGAUCAUCGCCCGAUCGAAUGUUGCAAGCUUAUGAACUCAACACUGUGACUUACGGCGUCAACUGUGCCCCCUACCUCGCGAUCAAGGUGUUGCGGUCUAUUGCUGAGCAGGAUUGUAGUGACCUUCCAUUCGUAAAGGAAGCUUUAUUAUAUCAGACAUACGUGGAUGACAUCUGCGCAGGCGGCGACACGUUGGACGAGGCCCUCUCCCUUCAAGAUGGUCUUAUUCGAGUUUUACAUUGUGCUGGCAUGGAGUUGAAAAAAUGGGCCAGUAAUACGCCCGUCCUACUUGAUAAGAUCCCCUCCGAGGACAGAACGUGCGAACCACUGUCGCUCGAUGAUUCUACUGGCAUAGGGACGAAGGUAUUGGGUUUACAAUGGUCCCAUCAAGAUGACGCCUUUAUGUAUAUUUUUCAACCCGAACGACACGUCUGCACGAAACGCGGUAUGUUGUCCUUGAUAGCGCGAAUGUUCGAUCCACUCGGACUCUUAUCACAUGUCACAUUCUUUGCAAAAACAUUAAUGCAACGUGUAUGGAAAGCUGGGCUGUCAUGGGAUGAACAGCUGCCUUCAGAUAUCGCGGAGAUCUGGUGCAGUUUCGUUACCGAUUUAUCCAAUCUACAAUGUGUCCGCAUCCCUCGAUUUAUAGGCAGACCGUUACUUGCCGUUCCUGAAGCAGACAUUCCAAACACAACUCGGACCUUGGAACAGCGGUGGAAGUUGGUCAGCCAAUGUGUUCAAGCGUUUUGGCGUCGGUGGCGCAAUGAAUACCUCCAAACUCUCCAGAUUCGCAGUCGGUGGACCAGUGACGCUCCAAAUAUAUCGGUUGAUGAUAUGGUCGUAAUAAAAGACGCCAACACUCCGCCGUUGAAAUGGCGUAUGGGUCGCGUGAUAGAGGUAUUACCAGGCUCCGACAAGGUUGUCCGAGUCGUCCGGCUCCGAACUGCUACGGGUAUCGUGACCCGUCCGGUAGUAAAAGUGGUUAAGCUUAUUAGCCAUCCCUAG